AUGGACAGCGUCCCGAAACGCCGCAAACGACCGCGCGACGACACGGACGGACAGGACGCGUCCUCGCCGCCCGUCCCGUCCGCGACCGUAAGCGGCAGCGACUCGCAGCUCCACUUGCCCGCGACCGCUGCAGGCGACGAAUCAGAUGCCGACUGCGGACGCGUCUCCGAGACGCGAAAGACGCGCCGAGGAGCACAAGCGCAGGACGCAAUGCAGUCCCACGUGGCCGUUACGGGCACUGCGCUCCCGCACGCGCUCUCGCCAGUGUCGCGGCGGGUGACGAGCGAUACAGAGGCAGCCAGAACGCCGUCUCAGGCAUUCGUAGCGGCCACGACAGGCCCAAGUGGCUACACAAGUCCCGUCGGUGCUCCAAUACAAGCGCUGAGUCAACUUGCAGCAGCUGUUGCGUUGUACGAGCAGCAGCGAUCGAGUCCCGGAGCGAUUGACCGCGUGGCAACGAACGCCGCGCGGGGGGUGUCGCCCAUGCGACGUGUGGAGAAGCAGCUGCAGUUUGAGGGGGCGCUGCCGAAGCUGUCGCAAUUGUUGGGACCACUGGCGCACGACGGCACUGCUACUGGAAUUGCGUCGGGGAUACCGACAGUUCGGCCGUGUGCGAUACCGACUGCCACGUCUGCUGCAGUACAACCGCCUGCCAUCGAGCAGCUGGUCAAGGAAAGACCGCUGUUGUUCGUGCGUCAACAAUGUGGCCUCGGGGCAACAGAAGAUGUCCAGACGCCAUUGCUCGAAGCGAGUGAGGUGCUGCCCAGUGCUUCCCGCGCCCCGCUGCAGUCGGGUCAUACUGAUGACGUAUCCAGUGAUGAAGAGCUCAUUGGAAUUCCCGACCCAGACAUUCCUGACCUCGACGUGUCGUUUUCGCAGGAAAGACUGGAAGAACUGUCUGUUACGGAAAAGGACCUGGAAGAAUCGACUGUAUUUACUCUCUGCGACGGACUUACCAAGAGUCUCAGCAAAGUCGAGCGUGAUCGAAUGGAUCUGCUUAAUUUGCUCACGAUAAGGCUGGUGCAGCAGUCGAGUCCUGUAGUGCUCGGUCGAAGUCAAUUUCAGGAAGUUUUCGGUGAUAGCAUUCGUGGCGCAAUGCUUUCGCGCUUGAGUCGACAACAUUGCAUGAUUCACGUUAAUCCAAUGUCGUCACACGAUGGUUCACCCGCAAUGGGAGUCACGGUGCGAAUCCAAGACAUGAGCACUAAUGGAAUAUGGGUCAAUGGAAAACAGCUGAAAAAUGGUCAAACGCAUGAGUUAGGGCUUGGCGAUAUCGUCACUUUGCUAAAGAUACACCAGGAUGAGGAUGAUGUGUCACUCGAGUACAAGCUAGUUCGAUCGCAGUCGCCACCCGAACACACCAAAAAGAUAGGGAAAAAAAGCAGACGUGACGGUCGAUUCGUCAAACCCAGCGAUAAUUUUUCUGGUGAGUUAGCGGGAUCGAGCGAUCGGCACGGGCUGUCACCAGUACAGGAGUCCGCCAUUGUGUCUUCCCGCUCCUCGCCAGCUAGAGACAUCGUCCAGGAAAUGUGUCACCAAACUCCCGCUGAUUCACUUGCCCUUACUGAAGUCCAGUCUUUGACGACAAAACGGACAGAAGCAAGCAAUGCAAAAACGUCGCAGGAAGUCUCGGUGCUGUCGCGACAUAUACGCUGUACAGCUCUGUUUGCCGACCGGUCAGCGCAGCACUUGUCUGAGUCCAGCCAUCCACUUGAGGAAGCAGACUAUGACCACCGUGAAGAGCUGUCCGAAGUUCUAUCAGUUUUUGCACAGAUUCCUACGUUUGACGCGUCGUCGAGUCAUCGCGCUACUAUGAGAUCCAUUGAUGAGGCUCUGCACGAUAGCAGUGACGUGAUAUUUUAUAUCGGUGGAGGAAAUGAAGGUCACUUGGUUAUUGAUGCGCCAAAUGGCCUGUCGGCGUGUUUAGACAAGUAUGACUUGUCGCAGCUCUUCUCUGUGAAGAGCGCACAGCAAAAGCUUAUAAUCGUCAUUGCGCCAUCGCGCGAGCCCGCUUGCUUGCUUGCAGAAUGCGGCGCUUCUCACGUUUGCUAUCUAAGGUCUGCGAGUAAACACUCUUUGCGAGUUGCUGCUUUCAUCAGGUCAUUGUUUGCAGGCCUUCUAAAAGGAUUUGAUGUCAAGAAGAGCUACAUGAUGGCUGAAUUUGUAGCGCUGAACGACCUGCUGCCUAUCAUGCGGCCAUCGGAGCAAAUCUGCGAAAUGCUGCCACCUUUGGGACAGCAUAGCGUUUUGAUCGGUUCUCCUCCAGCAAAACCUGCGGUGACCGACAAGAAUGUGACGAUCUUGCUGAACGGACAAUUCAUUCCCGUCUUAUCAGCGCAUUUUCUAGGAAGAGACGUCAUAGUCAGCAAGAUCAAAUCAGCGCUGACUCAAAAAGUUCGAGUUUGUAACGUGUAUGGAGCUCGAGGCGUUGGAAAAACGUCGAUUGCUGUUCAUGUUUCGAAAACGCUCUACCGCUCAAGAAGCUAUCAGAAUGGAGUGCAUUACUUUGCUGUCAACAAGCUGGUUGAGUAUAUCCAGAAUGGCAUCACGUCUACACUAGUUGGUCCACAACGCCAAGGCUCGACACAGCUCAUUCAGCAAGAGGAUGCGUUGGAAAUGGUAAUGCGGGAUGUCGAAGGUCUUCUACGCUCCCUUCCAGCAACGGGUAUUGCAAACCAUCUUUCUACGCUUGUGGUUCUGGACGGCUGCGACGUCGUACUUUCAGCACUCGAGAUGUUUGUCCUCAAUACCGUGCGGGCAUUUUCGUGGGUCCAGAUCCUGCUUACGUCGACCGAAAAGCUGCACAUCGAUGGUGGAGUUUUGCCGACAGAAACGAUUUGCAUUGACGAGCUCGGAAAGCUGGAUUGUGCAAAGCUGUUCUUCAGACAAGCUAGGGGCCACUUGACGUCACGACAGAUCCGACAGCACUUUUCAGACAGCAGCAUUGAAGCUCUCUCCGAAGACGAACGCUUGCUCGGAACCAACGGCAACCCUUUUCGGGUUUCUCGUCUCGUGUACGAGUUGGAGUCGCAGUGGGCCAGCAGUCGAACAUGUAACUAG